AAAGGAGCGCACGCCCUGGGCUUUUUUGAUUCAGGUUCCUUUGCCUUCUCUGGCUCUUUACCUCUUUAAGCCCAGCAGGAGGUAUGGGGGAUAUACUGAAAUUUAUCCCUGGGUGGAACUAGCUGGCCCUGCUCUCUGCCUCUGUCCAUCCUGGAGCCACACCCCAGAGACCAGGACUCCGUGAGCUCCUGAGCAGGAGUUCAGCAUGUUCUGGGGCAGGAGGACGUGACACGGACAUGCACAUUGCCUGUGUCCAGGGAAGACCUCCUUCUGGGGGGAGUGUGGGUGAGGAGCCACCCAGGGCAGGUGCAGCAUCUCAGGGUUCCCGUGGGGCGUCCAGUCAGCAGCCUGCCCACCCACCCAGCAGGCUGGCCCUCGGGCUGCUGGCUUACCUGCCCCGUUUAAUCUGAUUCCCACGAGAAUUUCUGAUGGGUGGGGUGGGGUGGUGCUGGCUAUGGGAAUCAGGCCAGGAAGCCCCCAUCAGAAUACUAGAGAUGCCCAAGAAGGGUGGACUGGGGGAAGGAACUCAGAUGAGAUUUCCCCAAAGUCCUUUUACCACUCCAGCCCAGAGGCCAUGUGGCCUGGUUGGGAGUGGGCUGAGGAUCCGGGCCCUGCACCUGCUGUGGCGGGAGUCCACGGGCCUCUUGGCCUGUGACACACGGUAAUCACUGAGCCUGCUGAGUGCGCUAACGGAUUAAUACAGAGCUCUCUGCAGGCAGCUGAUAAAGGUCAGCUCUCCACUCAGGUUGCUUGGCCUCGCGCCUGUAGUGAGUGCUCAGGGAGGAACCACUGGGCAGGGCAGACUGAUGGCCGCGGUGGGGCUCUCCUCCCCAGGGACUCCUGUGAUCCUCCCUCUGUCUGCAGACGCCAUGGAGGUGGUCCUGAUCUUCCUGUGUAGCCUGCUGGCCCCCCGCUUGGUCCUGGCCAGUGCUGAGCAGGAGAAGGAGAAGGACCCUUUCCAUUAUGACUACCAGACCCUGAGGAUCGGGGGAUUGGUGUUUGCCGUCGUCCUUUUCUCCGUGGGGAUCCUGCUUAUCCUAAGUCGCAGGUGCAAGUGCAGUUUCGCUCAGAAGCCCCGGGCCCCCGGGGACGAGGAAGCCCAGGUGGAGAACCUCAUCACCGCCAAUGCAGCGACAGAGCCCCAGAAGGCAGAGAACUGAGGUGCAGCCCUCCGGCGGGGAGCCUCCGGAACCUGCAGGCAGCUGCCCGGACUGCGACGUUGACACUCGAGAGAAGCAGCCACUCCGGUAGCAGACCUUUUCCCCUGGAGAAGCCGAGAACUUGUGUGUGCCCUGCUCCCCGGUCCCCUCUAACGUCUCCCUAAUGAUGCAGCCUCCGCCCGCGGUCCCGGCCCCCUCCCGUGACGUGUCCAUGUGUCCAUGUGUGUUUGCUGCCUGUGGUCUCGUGGCUACUUGUUUGUGGGUGACACCGUGUUAGUGAACUGUGGACUCGCUCCCCUGGGCAGGAGCUGGGCUCUGGCACUGCCGGCUCCUCCCUGCUCCUACUGCCCCCCCAGCACCUCCCACUCUUCCCGGUCUUCCCCCACCAGAGACCAGCCCUUGUCUUGAUUGGGGGGUGGGGGGCAAAGUCAGAGUCGGAGCCUGGGCCAGAGACCCCAGCUGUUGUGGGAGCCGGGAAGGCUUGGCCUCACCCUCACCGUCACCCUUCAUGGUUCUCUGCUCCUUUCACAAGUACCUGGCUCCUGUCCCGCCCCCGCCCCCCCCCCCACACGCACAGGCUCACACAUGCCAGGUCUGGUCUGAAGGUCACUCAGCCAUCGCAGAUUCAGAGCGAGCAGCCCGAGAGCCUGGUGCAGCCUUCAGGCAGCCUCACACGGCCAUCUUCCUCUGGGGGGCUUCCACCAGGAGCACCCAAGGAUGCCAGGCCCAGGGCUUCCAGCCUGCCCCCCUGCAUGUCUUAGCAAUAACCCCAUGGGCUCUGGGGCCCCCUGCGUCCUGCUUCCCAGACCUCCACCUGCAGCCCGGCUCGUCCCUGAUGUUGGGUCUCCAGCAGGAGAUGCUGAGGGUCUCCUGCCCUGUUGAGGACGCUGCUGGGGUGGGCAGCAGCGGGUGGGGAGGUGCCGGGGUGGGCGGUGGGUUUGGCUACUCUGACUGCAUCUCUUCUCUGCCCGGCCAUAGCCGGAGCGGUGAGGGCUGAGGGAGACCCUGGGCUCCGUGCAGCCCUGCUGCAGAGGGCUCAGCUGCACGGUGCAGGUCCCAGGAAUGGAAAUGCAGAGUGGAUCCCGGUGCCCUCGUGGAGCCCCCACACCAUGCCGCCGCGCCCAGGGCUGCCCCUCUGUCUUGUGCUCUCUCCUCGCGAUAACAUCAGAAACAGGAAUAAAAUAUCACUUGUUUCCUA